GAGAUUCUUGCAACCACUCAGCAAGAAUGAAUUGUUCAGAAAAGGGUGACUCAUCAAGUCACAGAAAGCUUUUGUAUCAUGGAAGCUGUGCAAAUAGAGACAUAAGCAUCUUACAAAGCAUAGACACCACAUCUGGGAUUCCAAGGUACAUAGUACAGAUUGUGAACACCUGUGUUAAUCCUGUGUCAUGUGCUCCUUCAAAUAUUCAUCUCCACUGUGGUUGGUUUGCCUCGACAAAAGUCAUAAACCCGACCAUGUUCAAGAGGCUCUCAUUUGAUGAUUGCUUGGUCAAUGGAGGCAAGCCUUUGAAGACCAGCCAGAGCAUCAGUUUCACUUAUUCUAACUCCUUCAUGUACCCCCUUUCUUUCAAAUCUGCCAAGUUUUGCUAAUUGAAAAGCCAAACUUCUGAUUAUUAAUAGUCCAGAAAAUAGAGUACUUAUAAGUCUUUUCAAAGCUUAGCUUAGUAUGUAGCCUACUUACA